UGAUCUUGAGCUGAAAGAUGCAUGUUUGUCCCUUACUUAUUAAAAUAUGUGUGUUUGUUUAAAAUGUUUCUUUUAAUAAUCAUAUCUUAAACAUCUUGAACUUCUCCAGUAUGGUCUACAAUAGAAUUUCGUUAUAUUUUCAGGACAGGUUGAGAGAGUCACAACCAAUAUUAGCGAAGACUAUUUCAGCUACAUGUAUUUUUGCCACUUUUUGUUUUGUUGAACGACAGCGACAGGAAAAUGACGGUAUGCUGUGAGUCCAGUCCGAUGAAUGGGAAACGCGGGUCUUCGCCUUGCUCAUCCCCGAGCAUCACUGAUGCACGCGUCAAUGCGAGAAAAGUUUCAGCCUGCAAGAGAUUCAGGUCGACGAAGGGGGCGUCCAAAGCGCGAAGGGAUCACAUCAAUGCAGAAAUCAGGAAUAUGCGUGCCCUUUUGCCCAUUGCUGUGGAGGAACAGGAGCGCCUGUCCUACCUGCACUCUAUGUCGGCCAUCUGCACCUACAUCAGGAAGUCCGUCUUCUAUCAAGAGUUACAGUCUAAGAAAGGAGGAAACUCCUAUUUGCCCUAUGAGGACUUCCUACAAGCCCUGCCUGGCUUCAUUGUUGCCAUGACCAGCGAAGGCAAGCUAAUUUAUGUGUCAGAGAAUGUGGCUGAGUACCUGGGCUUCUCAAUGAUUGACCUACUUCAAGGAGAUAGUUUUUAUGACAUGGUGGAAAAAAGGGAUGUGGACUUUGUGAAGUCUCAGCUAGAGGUUGAUGCCAUAUCAGAAACAGAGAAGGCCUUCGUCUGCCGGAUGCAUACCUCUAAAUCAUUCCGACUCAGACAUAGUGGCAGCUGCUCCAUACUAGUCAGGGGCCACUUUCAGUCUGUCCCACAAUCCUCUCCAGCCUGUGCUGACCUGGGCCAUGCUUUUUUUGCACUGUGCACCCCAACUGUGAACAGGACUGCAGACAGCGACUCCCACUGCUUCACAGAACACUUCAAAAGCAGUCACCAGCUUGACAUGACCUUUACUCAUGUGUCUGAGAGUGUGCCAUUUCAUCUUGGCUACUCAAUGGAAGCUAUGAUUGGUCAGUCGUGGUACAAGCUGCUUCAUCCAGAGGACCUAACUUUAGGAGCAGAAGCACAUAAGAUUUUGUUACAAGUGGAUGAGGAAGCCCUGGUGGAGAUUGUAUUAAGGCUGCAGUGCAGGGAUCUUUCGUGGGCCUGGCUGUACAUUCGAGCUGCAAAGGACUCUGGGAAGCAGACAGUAACCUGCAACAACUAUGUCAUCAGUGAAACCGAAGCCAAGUUCCUAAUACAAAAAAUCUACGCUGACAUGCAAGAACCCUUCAGAUCCUUCCUUCAGCACUCCUCCAACCCCCUGCUGUCCCACAUCCCUCCUUACCAGAGUGACAACAGUGUACCAAACCUGAAGAGGCCGAGAUUACCCAGCAACCAAAGUGACCAGCCCCAGAACAAGGCGAGCAGGCUUUCAGGGCCUGAAGUGUCCAGUGUGGUGUCAAAUGACCGGGUCUCUGAAAGCGUCUCACCAGCUGAACUGAGGGACUGCCCUGCGUUCCUCACUACCCGUCCCCAAAACUCUGUGCCCUCUCACUCGCCCUCCCUGCAAGAUGAGACCGACUCAGACUUCCUGCUGGACAUCUACAGAUAUGCUGAGGACCUGCUGUCACCCCCUGGGGGCUUGCCCAGCUACCUUUCCUUCCAGGAUCCCCACUGUGAGCCCUCUGGCAGCCUGUCCUCGACGGAGCCCCUCCCAGCCAUCAUAGACCAGGAUUUCAACCUGAACACCGUCAGAGUGACAUCACCUCCUCCGUCCCCGGAGCCCUGCCCCUCCCCUUUGUGUGAAUUUCCAUGCCGUCCCACUCAUGCUCGCUUGGUCCCGGACUACCUGCCAGCGCCUGGCGCAUGUGAAGGGCCAUCAGACGGCUCUUUCCAUCUGGAGGGCUCUGGCCAACCACCAAGUGGUCACGCGGGUGGCGGCUCUUAUCUUAGCCCUGGGGGUGCUCAGAGCAUCUCCCCGCUUCCCUCCGCACUGCUGAGCCCCGCCAUCUCCCCUGCUCCAGGGACUGGGUUUCCCUACAGCGAGGUAGAGCAGGCGGAGAUCAGCACCCUCGCCCGGCAGAUCUCCUCACUAGCCAGCAGCUUUAACAGUUAUCGUGUGGCGGGUCGUUCCCAAAGCCCCGCGCCAGCACAGGACAAGGCUUUCCCCGACGUCAGCACCGGCCCUCCUGCCCGGGAGAUUCCGGCGCAGGUCUACAGCUGGCCACACGCAGCUGUGCACCCGCUCAAACCGGAGCUGGUCCUGGAUGAGGGCGUCAUCGACAGCAUCCUGAAGGAUCUGGACAGGGUACCGGGGGCGUACGCACCACCCAGCUCCAGCCGCUGUGCACUGGGGAGUGGUCAUCAGGCACCGGACCUGGCCGCGAUGCACUCAGACGCUCUCACUUUUGUCACCCUGUUGGAUGGCGUAUCCCUCGAGCAGUUUCCCAGCUUUGCCAAUGCAAUGGACACCUGCAUCUUGAGGACUGGACACCAAGAAGACACAGAGUUGCAUCAACUCAAUCACUUCUUUCACAGGAGCCUCCAGCAAGGUAAUUUUCCAGUCAGAUGUAUAGUUAUGCAUGAGUGAAUGGUUAAUAAU